AUGGCGAUCAAGCACAACCAGAAGAUUGUCAACAACCACUUCCGCAAGGAUUGGCAGAGACGGGUCCGAACUCACUUUGACCAGCCCGGAAAGAAGGCCUCGCGUCGCGUUGCCCGUCAAGCCAAAGCUGCGGCUCUAGCUCCUCGCCCUGUCGACAAGCUGCGUCCCAUUGUGCGAUGCCCUACCAUCAAGUACAACCGUAGGGUCCGCGCCGGCCGGGGCUUCACCCUGACCGAGCUCAAGGAGGCCGGUAUUGCCCGACCUCUGGCCCGCACCAUUGGCAUCUCCGUCGACCACCGCCGCCAGAACCUCUCGGAAGAGAGCCUGUCCGUCAACGUAGCUCGUCUCAAGGCCUACAAGGAGCGUUUGAUCUUGCUACCACGCAAGUCCAACGCCCCUAAGAAGGGCGACACCAAGACCGACCUGUCCAAAAUCAACAAAGCGUCGAUCAUCUCUUCCGUCCUGCCUAUUGCUCCCACCGACAUCGCCGUUAAGGAAAUCAAGAAGAGCGAGAUGCCCAAACCCAUCGAGGGUGGUGCUUACGCUGCUCUGCGCAUGGCCCGAAGCAACAAGCGAUACCAGGGUGCCCGCGAGAAGCGUGCGAGAGAUAAGGCUGAGGCUGAGACCGCUAAGAAAUAA